GCGAGAGACAUUCUCUGCCGCAAUGAAAUACAGAUUAGUAAAACAUUCCUCGACAAGACCGCGGAACCGCCCGUAACUAUAAGAAAAUCUUAAUUCAAUCCUGUCACCUUACUUCCAACAUGCAAGGGACUGACCGGGGAUAUCUUGAUCCAAGAGCAAAGUUAACAGGAAAUUUUCUGAACUUUUGCCACUGCGCUAUCUCCGUGACUCAUGUGCUAUGAUUGUCACGUUACAUCGCGAGAGAGCUACUAAAACUGGUUGUGCCCUUAUCUCUCUCCCUAGCUGAUCGCCCCGAGAACCAAACCGCUCACCCAAGGAAAAAAAUGCCGUCACUGUGGUCGCAGAUCAGUAUGGCUUCGGCAGAACCCGUACCGUUAACCACCCGUGAAGCCGCAUCCGGGCUCCUGGGAUCGAUCUCUUUGACUUGCUGGAUCUUUGUUCUGGUGCCUCAACUCAUCGAGAAUUAUCGCAAUGGCAACGCAGAAGCCAUCUCUCUUGUAUUUUUAUUCGUUUGGUUCGUUGGUGACGUAACCAACUUAAUCGGAGGCCUUUGGGCUGGGCUGGUCCCCGUCAUUGUGGCUAUCGCAGUCUACUUCUGUAUCGCGGACGGUGUUCUUAUCGGGCAAUGCCUGUACUAUAAGGCGCGCAACUCGCGUCUUCAGACCUUCCAUCGCCGACGUUCCUCCGUCGAAACACCCGACCCGACCACCCCCUUGCUGGGUCGGCGCUUUAGCGACAGCGUUCAUGAUGCGCCGGCUUCACGUCGCCGGUCAUGGACGUCGCAACACCGGGAUGGCCAUACCAAUGGGCCCGACGACACGCUGGCGAAAAUUGUCGAGGAAAACGAGGCCGGUCUCAAUGCCUGGGUUAAGAACUUCAGCAGUGUACUGGCUAUCUGCGUGAUUGGAAUGGGUGGAUGGACGAUCGCAUGGCAAUCUGGUGUCUGGAAGCCGGCGCCUCCGGAGAAUGAUAGUGCCACUGAGAUUGCCGUUGGGGCCCAGGUGGUUGGAUACUUCAGCGCCAUCUGCUAUCUGGGUGCACGUCUUCCGCAGAUCUAUAAGAAUUGGAAAGACAAAUCGUGCGAGGGACUCUCACUUUUGUUCUUCAUUCUCUCCCUUUUGGGAAAUCUAACUUAUGGCGCUGGGAUCCUCUGUCAUUCAACGGAUAAGAACUAUAUCGUUACGAAUAUCCCUUGGCUACUUGGAUCACUAGGCACGAUGGUUGAGGAUAUUGCGAUUUUCAUACAGUUUCGUCUAUAUGCGGUUGCGGACUCUACUACAACCGCAGCACGACCAUGAUCGAUUUCUUUUUUACCCCUUCACAAGGAGUCACGCUAAUAGUUUAGCGCGUUGAUCGACUUUCAACGGGAGCGAAGCCGUGUACCCGUUAUCGAUUGUCCAUAUCAAAAGUCUCAAGUGUCUCUGAUCACAAAAAAAGUUGCGGGGUUUAUAGGUGGUAUGGCGUUUGUACUAUAUUUGUAUCUACUACUUAUGUGUUGACCAUAGAGCGGGCAAUGGGAGCAAACGGGAAUUAUCAAUAGUUUUUAUACAGACAAUGCAGACAGAAAC